CGUAACGCUGCUCCGUGCUCCGUGGAUAACCCUUUCGUUCGUUUGCCUAGGUGGUGUGCGUGAAGGCGGAAGAUAAACGCUGCCUCUCAUCGUGCCCGAGUUAAUGUGUCUUAAAAGCGUUAGCCUUUGUGUGCUCUCCUAGCGAGCGUCGGUGCAAGAUUUGUGGCCAUUGUUUGGCGAAAAAGGAUUAAUUACCGUCUGGCUUUUGGGUGUCGCGCGAAAAGAUAAACAUUCGAGUCCCCCUAACGGUGCGAUAACGUGUCGUACCGAUUGAUCGCGUAACUCGCGCGGUAGGAUCACGCGAUCAGUGUGAGAAGGAAGAGAGAGGACACAUUCCGCACCAGCCCACGACUCGCGGUAUCCUGGUGGGUGUUGGUGGUGGUGUUGGAUUAAAAAUAAAAAUGCUCCGAUUAAUUGCGACCAUCAUCGUGGUCGGUGCCGUUGGCGCUGGCAUUUGGCUACCGGUGGGAGCGUCCGGUGGUGGCGGUGGCGGUGGCGGUCGCGGUGUUCCGCUGGCCGCCGACGAGAGCGAAAGCGAGAGCGACACGAUGCCGAUGCAGCCGUCCGACGCGACCGGUGGCAACUUCUGCCAGAAGCAGUGUCCCUGCCUGGGAAAUGCCAUCGAUUGCUCGAAGAAGAACCUCAAGACGCUGUUCCACAUACCGCACUGGGUGGAGAACCUGGAGCUGGCGUCCAAUCGUCUGAGCCACGAUGUGAUUGCCGCGCAAUUAAGCGACCUCAGCAAACUGCAAGUGCUCAAUUUGAAUCACAAUCGAAUGAGCCGCUUGCCGGUGCUCCGAGGGCUAAGGAAUUUAAUUAAACUGUACGCAACUAACAACGAAAUCGAAGCGAUCGACGGGGAGGCACUCGCUGCCCUGCCAGCGCUCAAGUUCCUCGAUCUGUCACGGAACUCGAUCCAGGAGCUACAGUACAGCGUCUUUCCGGAACGGAAUAGUAUACAGUACUUGAAUUUGAACUUUAACAAACUAACGCUCCUGACGAAGGGUACCUUCGAUCGGUUACCAGUGCUGAAGCGACUAGAAAUCAGCAGCAAUGCGUUAGAGGAAGUGCAAAGCCUCACGUUCCAAAACCUAAACCAACUGAAGAGUCUUAAGCUGAACAACAAUCGCAUUCCCGCCCUGAUGGAUGGGGUGUUCCACGGAUUGACCGCGAUCGGUAUACUCGAGCUGAACAAUAACAGCAUCCGUACGAUACGGAAAGGUGGUCUGUUUAAUCUGACCAGCCUUAGUACGCUGGCACUGGCACGGAACGAGAUUGCCGAGAUUGAGCAUUCGGGCUGGGAGUUCACACCGAAGCUGAUCAGUCUGGAUUUGUCGUACAAUCAGCUGAAAACGCUCGAUCGGUACACGUUCGAGGAGCUGUCGUCACUGAAAACACUGCAGCUGCAAGGGAACAGCAUUGCGGCGAUCGGCGAAGGCACGUUCAAUGAAACGCGAUCGCUGGAAUCGUUGAACCUGAACGAGAACCGCAUCUCGUGGACGAUCGAGGAUAUGCGGGGUCCCUUCCUGGGGCUGUCGAAGCUGGAACGGCUGUAUUUGAGUGCGAACGAGAUUAAAUCCGUCAGCCGGAAUGCUUUUCUUGGACUGAAAUCGCUAACGCUGUUGGAGUUGAGCCAGAACAACAUUUCAUCGAUACAGAACAACGCCUUCAAGGAUACCGUUCGAUUGGGGAACUUGAUCAUGAACUCUACCAAUCUGCUGUGUGAUUGCAAUCUGGUGUGGUUCUACCAUUGGAUCCGGGAGCGGAAGGACGUGUUUCAGAUCGAUGCCGAGUGUAGCUAUCCGUUGUGGUUGCACAAACGCUUGAUUCGGGAACUGCAUCCUUCCAAUUUUUCCUGCUAUGAUUCACCGAAACCACAUUUGAUCGUGGAACCUGGCUCGCAGCUUGGUAUCCGUGGCACGGAUGUGACGUUGGUCUGUACCGCUACCUCGACCGCUGCCGAUCGUAUGACGUUCAAGUGGAAACAAGACAAUCUGGAACUCCCGGAGAGCCAAUAUCGUGUGCAGCAACAGAACAAUGUAAACGGUACGAUCGGUACCUCGGAGUUAACGCUACCGAACAUCCAACCGACCAGUGCGGGAAAGUAUCAGUGUAUCGUCACGAACACGUACGGUGUUGUGUACUCACCGAAAGCGAAGGUAACCGUCGGUACCUAUCCUAAGUUCCGUAAAACGCCGGCUGACCUCACGCUCGAAUCGGGUAAGGUGGCACGACUCGAUUGUGCUGCCGCUGGAGAACCAAAGCCACAGAUUUCGUGGGAAAAAGAUGGUGGCAACGAUUUCCCGGCAGCCAAAGAACGCCGAAUGCGGGUAAUUCCGAAUGAAAAUGCUUUCCUCAUACUGAACGCGCAGCCAGUGGACACGGGCGUCUACAGUUGUACGGCGGAGAAUGCUGCCGGUGUAAUCCGUGCCAACGCGUCGUUGGUAGUGUUUGAACCGACACCGGCACUACCGGGCAUGCAGGAUAGUUUGCUCAUUCCGAUCGGUCAACCGAGUGUGCUGCGAUGCCGUACGACUGGUGGUGGAUCGGCGAAACCACCGAAUAUCUUCUGGCUAAAGGAUGGUGAACCGGUGGGGCUUAGUGGUGGCCGCCACUUCCUGACGGACGAAGGACAGCUGCUGCUCAUUGUCGAUACGGAGCUAACGGAUGCCGGUCUGUACGAGUGUCGGUUCGAGAGUGAAUUUGGGAGCGAAAAAGGUUCAACGCGAUUAGUGGUGGUCGAAGGACCGGAAGAUAUGCACGGUUCCGUACCGGGUGAUGGUGGAUACGCUGGUGCAGGAGCUACCGGUGCCGGGAGCCAGGAGGAUAACGAAAGUUCCGUCAUCGAUUGGACGAAAGACUCGACGAUAUUCAUCGUAGCGGUUCUACUGGGUUGCGCCUUGGUAGUGCUCGUGAUCUGUCUCUGCGGAAUGUACCUGCUAGAGAAGCGAAACCGUGGUAGCGACAACUCUGGUGAAACAGAGUUCGAUUUGAGCACGGGCAUGGAAGUCAAUCAACCAAACUUGAUCGUGCGCACCGGGGUCGGUACAUCGACCACUCCGGCCGGAUACUUUGAGUAUCUCAUCCCGAAAGCCAAAAACGGUGAUGUAGUGACAACAACGAACAUUGACGAGGAAGAAGAAGGUGUAGAGGACCGGCUUGGCCGUGCUCCCUGCUUCUAUCCGGCGCCCGUGGCGAACGGAGGAAAAACUCGUGCAACUGAAGCGAUCGAUUCGGACGAUCUCGAUGAUGACCUAUCGUCGAAGGAUUCGGGCACCGGAGGCGAUUGUGCCUCGGCCUCGGGUUCAACGAAUGCCGCCCAACGGGGUAGUCACGAGGAUUUGAAGUGUUUACUUCAAUCGCUUAACCGACACGGACAACCGGUUGAGCUACAGCUUCAUCCGCAUCCACAGCAUCAUCUUACAUCGGACGAUGAUGAUGUGCCGGAUCCGGAUACGGAUCCUCGCAUAGAACCACCCCCACCGAUACCACCAGUCAAUGCAACGAAUGCAGUUCUGUUUACUGGAAGGUGUCAACCAUCGACCCAACGGCAGCAAUCCGAUCGUGGCCUGCCACCACCGGCGGCACUCGUCUCGAGCCGUUUACCAAACUCACAAACCUUCCCGGGGUUCCAUCUACCACCAUCAUCGGCAAUGGCGGCGACAGGUCCGUUGAAACCUUCAUCCCUCGAAUCAUCGGCCGAUCCGAUGCCAAUUCCACCACAGCAGCACCAGAUUCAAGUGAACCAGCUGUACCAGCUGCUACUCGAGAAUCCGCGACUGGUUGAAAAGCCCGCCAAGUAUCGGCCAAAGUCGGUCGAGCAUUCGAUCGACGAUUACGUUGGUCCGAUGGGAUCGGCACCAAGUAGUGGGUUUGGUACGGGCAGUAGUACGAGUAGCGCCGGCGGUGCAAGUAGUCGAGCAGGAAGGCAUUCGAUGUCAAUGGCGGCGGAUCCGGUACAUCGGUAGACAAGCUGGUGUCAUGUAGCGGAUGUUCGGGACUUCCACCGGCAGCUGGUCUGUCGUGAUCAUCCUUGAUCGUCACCUAGCAUAUAAUCACGCUCUCUUCCCUUUACUCUCUCUCUUUUUUACUAUCUGUUCAUCUCUUUCACACUUUUACUGCUCAAUAUUAAUUAAUCCGGGUGGGCAAAUGUGCCUUCUCCACCAUUGCAUCAUUCCACAUAAGUUUGAUGGUAUGGAUGAUUCGUACACUACAGGCCAGGACCUGGCAAGGAGUCUGAGAUGGGCAAUCCUACAAGCCUAGAAAUAAGUAACUGUUGACAGUUGAUUUGAAAGUUCCUUCAAUUUGUAUCGUACUAAACGCGCGCAGGAAAUGCUCACUAAUGCUCGAGCCUUCCAAGGAAUCGGUAAAGCAGAAACAGUUCCUUCAGGGGGGAACGAACCAUUAUCGCUUUGGAGGCUCAAUGAAUGGGGCCACAGGAUAAUAGGGGGGACGCGCUUCACUUGGGAAGCAGUAACGAAAAGUGCCACAAAAGACAGAACAGAGAUGACAGUUGAUGAACGGUGAAAUGCUGCACUGCACUGCACUUUCCAGGAAACGACUCCUUGGCAUUCGUGCAUUUUAUGUAAAGCGCUUUACGUACACAGUUCCAUUUUGGCCUUUCCAACCGUUGUCCGAGGUGUGUUAGUUGAGAGAAGUUUGCAUUUGUUAUCAUUCCAGCACUGGUUAGUUGUGUAGAGUUUUAGAUACUUAAAUUGCUUAAAUUGUUCUGCUGUUGACGCAAAAGAACGAAUGCGAAGAACCUUGCGAGAAAAGGAGGUACACGUGGUGCGGCAUUUCAACUUUCAUCAUCUGCCACCGAUCGACUGCGCCAUAGAAGAUAGAUUGUGAUCUUAAAAGUUGUCUUAACCACCUUUUUUUUGGUGUUUUUUUCUGUGCAAAGUAGCAUAAGGAAAACAAAUUAUUAGGGCAAUGAAGAGGGGGUUUGGCCGGCAGCGCGCUGUUAGUUGAUAAGAGUCUUUUGCUUCGAUGCGAACGUUCUAGAUAAGGAUUUGCUGGUGUGUUUGUGUGCGAGUGUGUGCGUGCGUGUGUGUUGAUUUUAAUUCAAAACGUGUGAUACACCUUUCCUCUUUCCAGUUUUCCAAAACUUCUUUCAUCUUUCACAUGAACAAUGCGUGAUUCCGCUUUCGCCUGCGUAGUACUCCUACGUCCCGUCUGUUUUGAUUGAUUUGAUUUUGUUGAUAUGCUUACGCUGUUCUGUUACGAUAGCAUUAGCGUGAGGGCUAAUGGUGUAGGAGCGAAUUGACGAUAAGGCGCAUAAUUUGUAUGAUUUUACCUGUUAGCGAAUUUUGGUCUGUGAUUUUUGUUUUUGUUUGCCUCCCAAAAGCUACGCUAGAGGAGUGUGUAUCGAUAGAUAGGAUUAAGCUUUAGUUUAGGUCUUCGUAUAAGUUCUUUUCUCCCCGCAUUAACACCCACCUGUUACAGUUUUUCUAUUUUAUUUUGCGCCAUCCAUUGUUCCGCAUCCUUCAAAGCGAUUUCAAGAGGGCAGGCGAUUUGUGCUUUUCAAUGUGACCGUACCUAGCUAAACUGAUUAACGUCGUAAAACUAAGCUAAAUAAUGGCAAAACUCUUACACUCGCAAGUACACCAAGAGGCUUCUAAUGUUUCGUUCGAUGCUUUGCACAAUCAGCAAAGCGAUAAUAGCAAACCAAAGAUACCGUCACAUUGAAGCACGAUGAACGCUGCACCACAAUUACUCGCACAAUUGCAGGAAAUUGCUUCAACUAAACAUCUUACUACUACUAAAUCACUCCUAUUGCAGCUACUUUCACAAACAGAUCGUUCCUUGGAGACAGCUAGAGAGAGAGAGAGAGAGGGAUCAGUAAUCUUUCGGAAGCCUUCAUUACAGAUACAACGUUGCCUUAUGCCUUGCCAAGUAAAAAGGGUGAUUUUGCUUAAAAACAAAAUUAAAGUUUACAAUAGUAAUUCGAUAAAAAAGUGCGAUUAAAAUGUGUACUUCAUGCAAGCGAUACGCGACCAAAUGCAUUAGUUAGGAGGCAGUAGUUUCGUCAUUUUAGCUUUUUUUGCGGCGAAUGUUUUGAAUUCCCAUUCGAUAUUAGAUCGUCAAGGUGACAUUUGGUUUAACAAAUGUUUCCACAUUUCCUCUUUUGAACUUUCAAUCAAGAUAUUGAAACCAGGAAAUUAUUUAAAAACAACUGAUAAUUGCCGCUCUCCGAACCAGUGAGUAUUAAGAGCCGAAGCAUCACACAUGCACAGCUAAAGAAGGGUACUAAUCCGUGUUAAAAGGCUUAAAGCAGAAACUAUAAAUCACAAACGCAUUGUCCGUUGAAAUAGAAAUGGAUCCGUAUGUCGAAACAGAAUCAUCACGUCCUCGAGACGCGUCAAAAUGGUAAAAACUUUCAAACUCAGACAAGGCAGCAGUAGCAUUUCUAUUCUUGAGAAGUGCACCAAUAUUAGAGUAAGGACGACAACACAUUAUUUAUUUGCGAAUGUUACAUUAAGCGAACAGUAAGUCAUUUAACAAAGAUAACCUAAUCCAAUGUACUAUACUGGAGAAAUGAAAUAAAAACAAACAUCAACAGUGAA